CCCGCCAUGUCACAAUCCAUAGUUAUACCGCCAAUGCCAAUCCAACGAAAGCAGGAUAUCGCUUACCACGCCUCCUAUGUCAGCACUCCGGAAAUUCGCGCGCGUCCCGAGCCAGAUAGCACCAACAGUUGCAGCGAAGAUCCUGGGAGCUCGCAAGCUGGAGUUUUUGAACCUCCUGAGCUCACCAUCCACAAUCCCCCCAAGAACUUUCACCGGGUCAUCGCCAGUGGCAUCUGGAUUCUCCUUGGGGGAUUCACAGAUGGUGCGCCUGGUGCGUUGCUUCCCACCAUUGAGACGUACUACGACGUCUCUUACUCUGUAGUGUCGAUGAUCUGGGUCUCUAGUGCCGUGGGGUAUCUCGUUGUUGCACUCCUUGCGUCGACUCUCAGCCGUUAUGUCGGCCGCUCACGGUUGCCCAGUCUUGGGGUAGCCUGUCAGAUGGUCAUGUUUGCGAUGAUUUCACCUGGUGCGGCCUUCCCUAUAACUGUUGUUUCCUUUUUCUUUGGUGGGAUGGGGUUUGCAAUCACGCUUUCCCAGUUGAAUGUGUUUUUCAGUCGCCUAAAGGGUUCAGCCACCUAUUUGGGCUAUCUCCAUGCGAGUUACGGUGUCGGUGCGACUCUUGCGCCGUUGGUAUCCAAAUCUAUGAUCAACGCGGGGGUUCAGUGGCACUAUGUCUAUGCGAUGUUGCUCGGUGUUUCUGUGUUGAACUUCUUCAACUUAGGGAUUGCCUUCAGAGGUGCCGAAGAGGAUUUGAAGCCGUGGGAUGGGGAAGCGAUAAAGACCGGUGUGGAGCUUGAUCGCCUCUCCCGGUGUACCUGUCAGGGUGGGGCGACCACCGAGGGGGUGGCUAGAAGCGGUACUGUCGGGGGUCCUUCCUGCAACAUGCACACGCCUGUUGAAAUAGAGCCCGCAUCAGUCCGCGAGCCUUCGCUCAUGCGCACUGCUCUCAAAGACAAAUCCACCUGGCUUCUAUCCUUCUUCCUCUUGUUCUACCAGGGUGGUGAGGUAGCGAUGGGAGGCUGGAUUGUCACCUUUCUCCUCAAGUCGCGUGGAGGAAACCCAAAGAACAUUGCGUAUGCGGCAGCUGGAUUCUGGGCUGGGUUGACCCUUGGGAGAAUGAGUCUUACCAGACCAGUUGAAAAAUUCUUAGGUGGCCGCAGGGGCGUGAUCGUGUUAUUAGUCUUGUCCAUCGCCUUAGCGUUGCUCACAUGGGUGAUUCCGCAUGUGAUUGUGGCUGCUGUGUUUCUCUCGCUCUGCGGGUUGGCCAUUGGGCCCGUCUACACGUUGAUGAUCGCGGUGUCAUCUCGAACCUUUCCGAGAAAGAUUCAGGUGGUUUCGCUUACCAUUGUCUCUGCGUUUGGUUCCUCUGGCGGAGCGGUCUUUCCGUUCUUGGUGGGUCUUAUAUCGCAGUAUGUCGGAACCUAUGCCGUUUUGCCGAUUUUCAUGAGCUUGCUUGGUGCUUGUUUAGGGUGCUGGUUAUUAUUGCCAAAUAUCGAUCGAAAUGCCAAACUGGUGUGGUGGCACUAUCUUUGGUAGGACCGAUGGAGCAUGCGGUAUUGAUCUAGUACAAUAAUAUUCUCAAAGGCGUGAGUACCGCUGAGCGUUUACUGGUUAAGGUGGCUGCUGAAAUAUUAGCGAGAACGUUCAAAGUGAAAGGCGUUCCAAAGGCAUGAUUGAUCUUUCAUCUUGGAAAUGUAUCAAACCUUGAGAGACUUGACCGAUGACAGAUCUGUAUUUCCGGGUAAUGCAUGGUUUUACUCGAUAGUCCCUAGAUCAUUUUAUAUUUUCAACUAUUCUUAUUAAGAUCGCUGAAGUGUUGUAGCAACUGCUUAUUUUUAUUUUUCCUAGCCCCGGGUCAUGCUCCCACCUUUUGCUAGUUUGCGGAAAUAAUUUCAUACCAGCUUCCCCAGAAUAUUUGCAUAUCGGCUCAUCGCGCUCCUAAUGCAUAUCCUGCAUUUGCUGGUUUUUUUUUCAACUACAUUUUUCAUCUUACACCCCCACCCUUAUUCCUU